AUGAAUGGACACGGGGACUUGAACAAUUCCCACGCUGGAAGGACGGCCGUCGCGGGCAUAGCCGAUCCCACCUACAGCUAUCGAUCCCUCGCCCUCGAGUUCGACCAAGACGACACCGGGAUACGCAAGCAGUAUCGUCCGUUUCUUAUUGAUGGCGACCUUUCCACCGAUGACUGGAUCUCGCAACUAGAGCUGGGCACAGCGAUUAAGAUGGUGCAGUCGGAGAUCCUGGACCAGGGGUUAGAUCGCAUUCGCAUCCUGGUUCUCUACGGCAGUCUUAGAAGCAGAUCACUCUCCCGCCUCCUAGCAUACGAGGCGGCUCGCAUACUUUUCCGCCUUGGUUGCGAUGUCCGAGUAUUCGACCCAGCUGGCUUGCCUCAGAAGGACGAUGUGCAGCACUGUCACCCCAAAGUGCAGGAACUACGUGAAUUGAGUAAAUGGAGCGACGGCCACGUCUGGGUUAGCCCCGAGCAGCACGGAAAUUUAACGGGCAUCUUCAAGCAGCAGAUAGACUGGAUCCCACUGUCCACUGGCUCGGUGCGUCCUACCCAGGGGAGGACAUUAGCUAUCGCUCAAGUCAGUGGUGGUUCGCAGUCCUUCAACUCUGUCAAUUCCCUUCGAAUACUCGGACGAUGGAUGCGCAUGUUUGCGAUUCCCAACCAAAGUUCAGUGCCCAAGGCCUAUACCCAGUUCACAUCGGAGCAUGAGGGGAGCCGUAUGCUUCCUAGCUCAAACCGCGAUCGCCUUGUUGAUUGCAUGGAAGAGUUGGUAAAAUACACCAUUGUUAUGCGGCCUCAUUUUGAUCUAUUCGGGGACCGGUUCAGUGAGCGCGAGGAGCGAAGGGCUAAAGAAGCUCAAGGAAGUGGUCAAGUAGACAGUAUAGUAUAG